AUGUCAACAGAAGAGCCCGAAAGCUUCAAUUCAGCCCCGGAGCUGCUGGCGCAGGCAAAGGCAAAGGCCGUAGCUGCUCAAGAUGAUCACCCAGAAGGCGACGCCAUCCGCAGACAGGUGGAAUUCUACUUCUCCGACGAAAACCUGCCUGUCGAUCUCCAUCUUCUGCAGCAAUGUGGAGGACGCGAGAAUAUUCCAGUAUCCAUCAGUCGCAUCUGCAGCUUCAAGAAGAUGAGGUCCUACAAGCCCAAGCUUCUUGUCAUUGCUGCGCUGCGCAAGAGCACAUUUCUCGAGGUGUCCGCCGAUGGAAAGACGAUUAAGCGCAAGAUCCCUUUGCAAGGCAAGACGGCCCUCGACAAGGACUUCCUCGAGGAGGAAGAUGAGAUCGCUUUCGAUCCUCGCACCCGCAAGCCCGCUGUGUACCCAGUUCCACUACAGCCGCAACAGAAGAAGGUCUAUCCGCGAGGCACCUCGAAGAACAUGCAGAAACCAACUGGCUUCGAGGACACAUAUGUCGAGCCACCUGUCACGCCAGCGGAAGCUGAAGAAGAGGACAGGAUGUAUGACGAGGACAGGCCGUUCGUCGAGCGCAUUGAGAUUGCCCUCCAGCGCUUCAAGCAAAAGCGGCGCAUGCACGAGAUGUACGCCAAGGUCUUUAACAAGCUGAUGCGCUACGGCGGUGUUGAGUGCGGUCCUCGUAUGUACCAAGGCCUGUCGCAGACAGAAAUGAAAGAGAUGGAUGCAGAGGAGAUUGCGCGAGCUAUGGCGGUUCACAACGUUCCUUGGGAUCGUGCGGAUGAGAAGCAGUGGGCUGUGGACUUCGUCGGAGUCGGGUCUGCCUUCCUCUCAUCCUGGUACCCUGCACAUUAUGGCUAUGCCCCUGGUGGCAUCAAGACUGCUUGCCAGGUCCUUCGCUCAUUCUACAACUACCUCCGGUACCACCGUGUCUGCCCAGAGUUCGACGACCAGCUUCAAGCGGUUCUCAAAAUGUGCGAUCUCGCGGAGCGUGAGCUCGUCAAGGUCGACGCAGCCGGUCUUACUCUCCCUGGCGAUUUCAACACGUCGGCGAGUACCCUGUUCGGUGGAGUGCAUGCUGGGCUGUUUGCUGGCGACAAGUCGUGGUUCCAGGAAGCUAAGAACGAGGGCGUCAGUGUCAACGAGAUGGGCCUGCGUGAGCAAGAGGCACGGGUCAAGUUCAGUACAGGCAUUGCGGCUUUGGGAACAGACGAGCAGCAGGAUGCCAUCGGCGCCACGGACCUCAAGAUUGUCAAGAGAGAGUCGACCGGUCUGGAAGUGACGGCCAUCGACUUGCCGGACGACAUCACAAGGGAAUUCUACGACGCACAGACUGAGAUCGUGAGGAACAAGCUCGGCCGCCUUGAACCACUCGGCAAGCUCGUCUGCAAGGUCUGGUAUGCGGAUGACUGCGACGAGUGGGACCUUCCCAGGGACAAGUAUCCGAACGGAAGGCCGCACAAGCUGGACCAGGGCAGGGAGUUCGAGUUCUGGGCGGAAGAGCACGUCCUCAACGCGUGCUUCAUCGGCAUGAAGAUGGAUGCCAGUGUUGUCACUCUCGAGGGUGGCAUCGUUGUUCUGGAUGAUGUCAAGCAGACGCAUUGCAGCUUCUAUUCUUGGCUCCCGAACGAGUUCUGGAUGGACAACAAGCCGAAGGCGGUGCGUUGGCUGGCGAAGGGUCUGCCCGAUUACGAAGAGAACAUUGAGAUUAGCGGGUCCCAGAAGGACGAUCAGGACAAGACCCAAGAAGACAAGGAGUUUGAUGACGAUUAA